CUAGUGGAAACAACAUGAUUAUGAGAACUCUUUUAGUGAUUUUAUUUGCAAACGUAGCGUUUUUCGCAGAGUCCUCCGAUGUGAUCGAACUCAGCGAUGACGAUUUCAAAUCCAGGACACAAGGAGAGGAUCUCAUGCUUGUAGAAUUCUUUGCACCAUGGUAAAAAUUUACAAAACGUUUCAGCUUACUGUCAUGUAGCGGAAACAACUUUCUAUUAGCUUUUUCAUCUGGUCUUACCACGUAAACGUAAAUUGUCUUUAUUCCUACUUCGUUGCACAUUACAGGUGUGGACACUGCAAGAGACUAGCUCCUGAGUACGAAGUCGCUGCCACUGAAUUGAAACAAAAUGAUCCACCAGUACCACUCGCCAAGGUAAGGUCUUCGAUCAGCUGUAGUUUCAGAUCUUAAAUUUUUAUUUCAUCCAUCGCCUGGCUUCACAUGUGGUCCUCUGUUCGUAAAAUACUAAUUGCUCUAAUUUUUCAAUCAUACUUAAGAUGAUUAUUAAGGCUGAAGUUUGUUUAGAAUUUUUUUAAAAUACCCUUGGACAGCUGAAUAAACUUCAAAGUGAUUUCAAAUUUGUGUUGGGUAAAGAGGGACGGGCCAUUAUUUAUUUGUGUCAGGUGAUGAUAGGGGGUAAGAAGUUAAGACUCUCCACUCAAAUCUUUGGUGUUCCACAAAUUUUAGCCUAAAAAUUGGCUCACCCCUAAGAUGGGUAUAUAGGAACUAGCCCUAAAAAACAGAUCCUAAGCUAACCUAUCCCAGACUAACUUUUAGCUGUAAGUGGUACUAUAGCAAUUCCCCUAUUGACGUAGCCUACUUCAGGGGUUCAGAUAGUGGAGAACAAGGUAAGCAAAGAAUAGAGAAUGUGUAAAUACAGUGUGCAAAGAAAGUAGUGUCCGUUAGCCCGGGGCUAGUGGAUUUUGCUAUCGGGCUAGUGAAUCCUGUUUUUAACUUGCCCGACGGGCAAGUGAUGUUUUUUGAGGAAUUCGAAUAACAGAAGAACUUUUAAAUCAAUUCUGCUCGUCAAAAAGUUUUUGGGGCUAGUUGAAAUGAUGUCUGGGCUAGUAAAUGCUAGCUUCAGCUUGCCCGAAUGGCAAGCUGUAAAAAUGAUUUUCUUUGCACCCUGAAAUAAAAAUGGGGGAUUGGGCAGAGCAAUGAGGGAUAGUCUCUCCAAUCAACUAUAUGAAUGCCUGGAACAGGCCAUUAUUAAUGAUACACUAAUCUAGACCAUAAUCCUUUGAGUUCCAUGGUGAGUUUUCACUCACAUGACCUGCAUCUAUUCAAAUUUUAUUGGAACAAAAGAACGUGUUCACAGAAGAAAAGAGUUCAACUUCCACAGGAUUGGUUUGGGACACCAACAUGACUUCCGAUUUAUGGUUUGAACACCUAUAUGGUCGCAGUGACGUCAUAUGAAAACGCUCUAUACCCUGUCCCAGGCGAAAUUGCUUUAAAAUCAUACCCUUUAUUUACAACAGCAGUCCUAUAUAGGCCCAUGUAUGAAUUAUGUCAUAGGUCAAAAUGAGAUUUAUCAGGGUAUUAACCCAGGUUGUUCCUCAAUUUCUUUUGUUUCCUUUUCAUUAAUAUUAGGGCUAGGAGACAAAGGGAACUGAGAUUUAAUUAUUUCCAAUCAGGGACACCUAACUUGGGUCACACAGCUCUGUUUGGGAGGGGGGUUUAUUGGGUUUGUUGGAAGCCCUGGGGUAUUUUCUAUGGUUUUGAUUUUUGCCUCCAUUCCAUUCUUCACAUCACUUGGAAUCUAGGGUACCCCCCAACUUUUGUUAGACUCUUCAGAAUUACAAAUUUUUAUCAUAGGUGGUCCUAGUCAGUAUCUGUCUAAAGGUAAACUAAGGUGACACUACAAGGGAUCACACAUGUUUGUACCAUAUACCUAUAUGUGAAAUCCAAGGUGACUUUCAGACCCAGAUUUUCUGCAUGCUGAAUUUCUGUGACAAAAAUAAAGACGUUUAGAUGUCUGUCUUUUUGCACGUUUAAGUUAUUCAUAAGGUAUUCAAUUAAGGUGUGAUGAAGAAAUUGUUGUAGCCAAUGUGUUGACUAAUGUUAUUGUAAAAGUUUAAUACUUUCAUUGUUGAAAAUUUAGGUGUGUUUUCACUUGUGUAAAUGCUCUGUAAGGCAAAGUGACUUAGCAAUUGAAGAGAAUCUUACAUUCAGUUUGUGUGAGACCAUUUUAUUGCUGAGCAGUGGUGGCUAGGAGACUUGAUAGUUCAGAUGUGUUAGCUACUAAAAAAUCCUUUGUAUUGUGUUACACUGUAAAGAAACAAUAUAUAUCACCCUCUCAGGUUGACUGUACAGAGAGUGGAAAAGAAACUUGCAGCAAACAUGGUGUUAGUGGGUACCCAACACUAAAAAUUUUCCGUAAUGGAGAGGUGUCCAAGGAUUAUGAUGGUCCAAGGGAAGCAAGUAAGUUAACCCAUUCCCCCCUGAAUGGCCAAUACCCGUCCCACCAGUGCUGAUCCAUGUCCCUUGUACCGCUUGUGACAUCAUCAGUAAUGGUCAAGGACCAUUUUGUCAUCUAACUUGUGAAGGGCAAAAAGAACUUUUUAAAACCAGUUCAGAAUGAACAUGAUUCAGCCAAGACCAGAGGAAAAAGCAAAAAACUAUAGAUGUAAAUUUAACCCCAAAAAUUGGCAAUCAAAAUCUUGUUCCUCUACCCACUCGCAGUCCCCAGUGUCUCUACUUAGGGGAGUUUCAUCUGUGGAUAUGGCACACAGUUUUUAAUGUGGCUAAAUAUCAUUUAGGCAAAGUUAAACUUGAGCGAGCUGGCUAGCGGUCUUCUCCCACUUCAGUAUGUGACCUAUGGGGCAGCCCGUGGGGAAUUGCAGGGUUCCUUAUGUACCCUUUUGUUAGUGUUGCUUUGCAUUGUAACUUUGCUUACUGAUCGUAGCGGAUCAAUUUUUUGCCUACUUGCGAAUCAUUGCGGAUUCUUCCCGUCUUCGCCGUUGCUUACUAUCACAGUAUCAAGUCAUCUUUUGAAUGUGUUGAGGAUGGAAUCUCAAAGCAGUUGACUUAUUUAUUUUUAUGCUUACAAUAAUUGCAAUCCCCAAGAAGUAAUGAGCUCAACAUUUUGAGCUCAGACAGUGACACUAUGGUUAGAAAUUAUUUUGUUUAACAUGGUUCACCAACCUGGAACACCACAUUCAUUAUUGGAUCAUGCUUGUUGAAUCGAAGAAGCCCUUGAUAAGAGUGAAAGCUCCCGUAGGCUUUGCUUGAACAUAAAUUCUGCUAAAUUUGACCAGGCAUGUUCAGCUGUAGGAACAUAGCGUACUCAAAUUACACAGAAUAACACCUAGUCUUGUUGUUCUGCUGUUUGCCACGUAGUAGAAAAUUUGUAAAAUAAUACACCUUUUUGCUUACAUGUUUUGUUUGUUUUCUAGAGGGUAUAGUUUCGUACAUGAAAAAGCAGGCUGGACCCAGUUCCAAAGGUUAGUAUUAAAAGGUUUCAACAACCCUUUUUAAUUAGGGUUAAAAGACAACUUCAUGAUCCAAGGCGUGGUUGAGAUGGCCACCAAAAUACCAUAAUACUCUCAACUUGCCAUUUUUGUAGAGCUUCAUGUAAACCUAACAUUUGCAUUAUCUUUUGUUCUCAGCUUUGCCGCAACUGCAGGUGCAAUUUCUGAUUUCCAAAAAUCAGUGUGCAAAGAAAGUAGUGUCGGAUAGCCCGGGGCUGGGUGCUUCUUAACUUUUUCUGCCUUUAGGAUGGGCGCUAAUUCGAGGUUGGGUACUAAUUCGAAUACGGUAUGCAAAUGGUCAAAAAACUGACUCAAUUUGUUCACAAAAGAUGAUGCAAAAGUUUACAUGAAGCACUUGUCUACCUAUUUGCAGGGUUGUCAAAAUGAUUUGAAGUAGCCGGAGAACGAAAGUGAGUAGGCGGCACUGGGGGCCGGAGGCCACCCAGGAGGCGAGGGGUCUGGGGGCCGCCUAGGCCCCCAGCGGGGUACAGGGGCAGCGCCCUGUUUGGGGUCCAGGGGGCGAAGCCCCCGGAAGCAAAACGGAUUUGAGGUUUUCGCGCUAGCUGAAAUUGGCUCUCCCGAGAGCAAUGCUAACAAUCCUGAGUAUUUUGAAUGAACAUCAUCAAUUUUUUUUUUAUUCCCCAUUUCAUUAUUCUCUUAGAUGCCAUAUCCUAGUACAUGUUAGGUCCAUAUUUGUUUGUUUACAAUAAUAAUGUUUACUAUUUCUCAGAUCUUUUUAAUGAUAACAGAUUAAGAGUGACAAAAUUACCCUCAGCAAUGCCGCCGUCACGCAAAGCAAAGGAAAAAACAGACGAAAAUCACCGGGAAGAAAAAACUUACUGUUGGUCAACAAACUCACCUUCACUUCUUGCUCUUUUGCUAAAAAGGUUGACCAGAGAGGACUGUCGUUUAGCCAUUUUCUCAUACAAACUCCGAAUAUACAAGUUUCCCAAGACCACAUGUGGAUUGAGCAAGUGUAAUAGGAUACCAAGAGCGGGAAUUUUUAUUUGUUGCCUUUGGCUGCAUUGCGUUAUCGGCAAGUGCGCAACUUUGAUGUAGAAUUAGAAAUACUUUUCUUACGGGCGAUUUUCUGUAUAAGAAUGAAGUUUCAGACAACUUUCCUUGGAAGAUACAUCACAACAAAUUUUAUUUCUGCACAUGUAUCAUGCACGACUCUUUUAUUGGCAUCAAUCCAUGAAAGAAAAGAAAAUGAUGUUCUACACGUCUGACAAAUUAACCAACGUUUUCGAAUGCGCCAUGUUUGUCAGCCAAUUUAAUACAUCGUAUUACAUUUGAUUCGAUUUCAAACGCAAACUCGUACCAGAUGAGUGCGAAAACCACUCGAAAGCUUUCGCGUGUCUUUUAUUCUUCAUUGUCAACGAAGGAAAGACUAUGUAAACAAACCCAUCGCAUGCAUCAACGCUAUUUUUAUUCGCUUCGUGGUAUCAUAUUACGGCUACAGAAAGAAGUAAUCGGGAGCAGAUUAGAAAACACGUUUCAAAAUCAUGAAAAAGAACAUUCAGGACAUGAUGAAAACAAUUUCUUUUUCUAUUCUAUUUUCUACUUUACAACUUUUUUUUAAUCCUCUAUUUUUCCCUUUUCCCCAGCAAUUUACAGCCGGCGAAAACCUCAGAGUAGCCGGCGAUAGCGCCGGUCGCCGGCGCAUUUUGACAACCCUGUAUUUGAUAAUUUGAGAAUAAUAAUUAUUAUUGUUAUGGUAGUUUUAAAUCAGGCACUUUCAUUGAAUUCUACAAGUGCUCCUUGGAUUUGAAGAAUAGCCCCAAAUUUGUUUGUCCUUUUGAUGUUUUUGGUUACUGUAAUCCCAUCUUGCAUGAUCCUCUGAGCCCUUAGGCCUGAGUGAUAGCGGAGCUCUCGCACGUGCAGUGGAGCAUCAUGGGUAAGAAAACUUUGAUAUUUCUGCAUCCAAGAAAUUUUGGUUCUAACAAAAUCAUCUGUACACAGUACGUACGUACGUCCCCCCCUUCAUGUAAGCCGGAUUUAAAUUUUGCAUUUCAAGUACCUGAGCUUUUCGGUGGUAAAUCGCUUAGCCACCCAGAGUUUUAGAGAAAAAACAACAACAACAAAGCCGAUUCUUUCUUUCAAAUUAAUUUUUACAUUGACAUGGAUAACAGAGAAAGGGCUAGAGCGAGAGAUAAAAAACAAAGGAGACCAAUUUCGUCAUAAGAGUAACAUGAACAUUUUAUAGCGGCAGUAAGAAAGUGAGAAAUGCUAACGGCCCCCAAGGUGAAAAUGAGUGGAAGCGAAGAAAAAAGUGAACAGGAACACAUACAACAUUUCCUGAAUAAAACAUGUAACUAGGAAGUUUAUGGAAGCCACAUUGUAGUUGUGCAAAACAAUGCAUGGUGCAAAGAAAGUCACAUUUAUAGCCUGCCAUUCAGGCAAGCUGAAGCUAACAUUUACUAGCCCAAACAUCAUUUCAACUAGCCCCAAAAACGUUUUGAUGAGCAGAUUGAUUUCGCAGUUCCUCUUUAAUUUGGAUUCCUCAAAAAACUUCACUUGCCUGUCGGGCAAGUUAUAACAGAAUUCACUGGCCCGAUAGCAAAACCCACUAGCCCCGGGCUAUCGGACUCUACUUUCUAUGCACGAAAUGUACCAAAAAAAAUCUGCAAAGUUGUUGUUGUUAUUUUUUUCUAAUUAAAAAAAAAGUGUUCUGCACUUGCAAAGUUUUUUUUGGCUAAUUAGACCUUCUGAUUUUUUUGGCUGUUUUCGUUGCCUUCGCUGCUUGGCAUUACACGAUUUUAUAUUUUGUUUGAGUAAACUAUAGAUAUAAACAAGAGCUUCGCUUUUAGCCCUGGCUAAAUCUAUAUAUUACUUAUUUUGCAUGUAUGUUGUGUAACCACAGUCUCAAAAAGAACUUGAGUUCAAGCUUGUCCUUUGCGCAAGCAGCUCUUCCAUUUUGCUUGCCUGGGGCAGCUUCUUGCUUGUCUUAGUUAAUGAUUUAGUUGGAGGAUGACUCACCUGAACCCUUGCUCAUUGGGCAGCAAGUAAGCUUCAAAAGUUACUUGCUCAGCAAUCGACCUGUCCCAGACAAUUGGACAGGACUUUUGCUGUAACUAGUUUGCAUUUAUUUGUUUAUUUUACAUUUGACUGUUUUAAUUCCAUAGAAAUGAUGGAUAUGGAAAGUAUGAAGAAGAAAAUGGAUGGUUCUGACCUUGCUAUGAUUACUGGUGAGUAGGCUUCUUUUCAUAAACAUGAUAAAGGUCCAAGUGUACAGUUUAACUUGCUUUAUUUCAGUAAAAGAAUUUCUGGUAAGUUUUCUGUUUUUGUGUAUUAUUUAAAGGAUUCUUUGACAAGAAUGAGGAUCUGCGCACAGAAUUUAUGAAAGUUGCUAAUGACUACCGAGAACGUUACACUUUCCUACAUACAACAAGUGAGGAGAUCAUAACAGAAAUGGGACACAAAGAGUAAGUUUCUCUUUAUGUUCAUGUUUUUCUUUGCUACAUGCAUAGCAUUACUAGAGCAUUGCUAGCAGUGCUAUAAUUAUGAAGUUACAAAUAUAUGAAAAUCAUAUAUGAGAACUGUGGGGUGAAGAAUUAUAUGAAAGAUCAUCGCAGUUAUAGACACAACUUUUGCAUUUGUGGAAAGAAAUAUCUGAUUUUCAUAGGUUCAUAACUUGGUCAUCAUCCUUUUAUGGGUUUAUAUGAACCAAUUCAACAACCUGUUUCUGGUUGGCUUAUUAGCUCAAUAUCUGUAGAGCGCUGCACCGGUAUCGCAAAGGUCAAGGGUUCGAAUCCGGUACAAGCCUGAAUUUUUUUUGCCUUCUUUUCGCAACUGCAAAAGUUGUGUCUUUUACUGCAAUGAUCUUCUUUCAUAUAGCGCUAUAAUUAAGAAUACUGCUUUUAGAAUGUCAGAUUGACUAAAAAUGAAUGAUACAUUAUUUAAAUACAUUAGCAAAUACAGAUCUUAUAAAUUUUAGAAUUACAGUCAAAAUACUGUAUGUAAUGCUGAGGUUUGAUUGUCAAGGUCAAGCACUUGCCUUGAUGGAUGGCCAUCUUGGUUUGAUUUCAUGAUUUAUGUACUGAGGGGUUAUACGCUCUUAGGAAGGGUACAUAUGUCCCUAGUCUGAAUUUCAGAUAUGGUAGUUUCUCAUUUUGAGGAGUAGGCCAUGUCUCUGUUGGUAUUUUACCCAUUUUUAUGUCGUCGCCAUUUCAUCUGUCUUAUGUAGCUGUUUCAAGGCCAUGUUGCUUGUCAGAGUUUUACCUGAGCAGGGCCUUUAGAAUGGGCAUUGGGAUUUAUAGUGGUGUGGAAAGGGGUGCUAGAAAAGUCAGGGAACUGUCCGUUCGCGUAAUUAUUUCUGUGGCAGUUAUGAUAGCUCUUGUUUAACGAUGCACAUUUAUUUUAGCCUUUGUUGUGCUUUUAAAUAGGACUAUAGAGUUUGGGGGUCUGUCUUCAGAUUAACUGUCUGGUUACAAGGCCCAAGCAUUAUCAAUUUUGGACUCGUUUUUUUGUUAACUGGGACUCAUUGGUUCUGGACUGGAACUCAUGAUUUUUUAUAAGAUGAGUCCCAGGACUCACCAUAACUAUUUGUAAUUAAAUCACUGAGCAAUCCGAUUUUUCUUAGUUGAUGAUGUUUGGAAAUCAAAUGGGAAGUUUUAAUUCUUGUGAGUGAUUCGAGGUUUAAAAGUUAAUAGAAGUAAUGUUACAACUGUGAAGGUAAUGCAGGGUUUGCAAAUUUUAUUGAUGAGUGGAGUCAGUGUGACUUCUACUUCACAAAUUUUGGAGUCAUUUUGGAAUAUUUGGAGUCAAGUAUCACAACGAAAAAAGCCAUGAGGGAGGGAUACACGAAGUAGCCGUAGCGGUCCGCUGACCUGGAAAGCUCAAAUCCAUGAUGGCGGUCAUCGAGUAAACUUUGAUUGUAAUUUACCCUCUUCCUGUUUUGUCGUGCAGUAUAAUUCUUUAAUUUCGAUGAUUUAAUUAAGGUUUACAACGUUUACAAUUAACGUGAAUUGUAUUUGUUGUGAAAAAGGUAAGGACAAAACUGUGCUUGUUACCGCAAAUUUCUGGAGUCGAAGUGGCUCCCUGUUUGUUACCGAAAUUUCUGGAGUCGAAGUGACUCCCUCUGCAACCUCCGUGGAGUCAUCUGAACAAUUUUGGCGUAAAAUACGCCAAAUUUGGCGUAUUUGCGAACCCUGGUAAUGUCUAUGACAAAAUUAAUAUUAUCUGUUUACCUUUCAGCGAGAUUGUGAUUUUCCGCCCAAAGCACCUUCACACUAAGCUUGAACCAAGCAAAGAAGUUUAUACUGGAAUACCAGAGGCUUUUACCAUCAAAAAGUUUAUUGAUGCAACUGUUCAUGGACUUGUUGGACACAUGACUCAAGACAACAGUGAUCAGUUCAAGAAGCCUUUAUGUGUUGUCUAUUAUGAUGUUGACUAUAAACUCAAUGCUAAAGGUAAGUUUUCAAACAGAGCAUAGUUCAAGUGACAAGGCGUGGAAGUGACACUGUUGUUUACACAGACAGUUUCUUGGGGUUCCAGACAAAUAUAAUCAUUAUAUGCUAUCAAGGAGGGCUCAGAGUUACUUUGCAUUUGCUCUUUUAUCUGAGCAAUCAAAGCAUUAAGUCCAGUCUAACAUCAUCACCAUCAUCAUCAUCAUCAUCAUCAUCAUCAUCAUCAUCUGGGCAGGAGCAGUCUAACAGUCAAAAUAUUUCCACUAGAUUUUCGCAGCAAUGUCAUGAGCUAGUGUUAUGACAUUUUCCCAACAAUGAGAUUGUUUGACAGCUCCCACAGCAAAUGCUAAAUAUGUUUACUCCCUAAUUUUCAUUUGUGACAAUAAACGUGGUUAAAGGCUGUCUGAGUGUUCAUGUCCUUCAUUUGAUUUAUUGCAAGGUGUUCUAGGGUGUUCCAUCGUAGGGUUUGAAAAUGAAAAAAUACUUGAACUUUAGCUUGUUCAUUAGGCAAGCAGCUCUCAGUUGCUGCUUGUUUUGGAACCAUUUAUUGCUUCUUAUUGAUUCAUUUAGAAUGUGAAUUUCCAGGACCUUUGCCAUGUGGCAAGUGAGCUUUAAGUUAGUUGAUUGCCCAGUAAGAAAAUAAGGAUCAUAAUAAUUAUAUGUUUCCGGAAGUGCGUAAACCCCGAUGUCUGUUUCAAUGAGCGAAUUGUAAACAAUGGCUGUAGUUGCAUUUCACUCAGAUUUCAGAUCAAAGUUCCGCAAUACACAGCGACUCACUACAUACUAGUAACAACUGAAACAACUGAACAGCAUGGAAAUUUUGAUUUAUUUCAUUUUAAAUAUGGUCAAAUGUGACUGGUCAGCAUGACCGGCAAGACAAAAGGUUGACCAGUCAACUCCCCAAUCAGUCCGGACAUUGUCCAUUGACUGGACGUUAUUUCGAGCCCUUUUUCUGGGAAACUGCCCACGUACCCCUCCCCUAAGCCUACAUUAACACUUACUUCUCACUUUGGGCAAAAUGUUGGCCUUGGGAAGGGGUAGGUGGGCAGUUUCCCAGAAACAAAAUCUUUUGGUCUCAGAGUACUGGGCUCAGCUUUUUUUAGCUCUACAGAGUUCCUAGGUUUUAAGCAAGCAAUCAAUCAAUCUUUAUUUGUACUCACUCUUGCUCAAAAAUAUAUUACAAUAAUGAAAAUAUUAGAAGUAGAAAUUAGAGUACUGGCUGCCUGGAAUAACCAUGGGGUUAGCAGAGCCAGGCAGCCAGUUGACAUCAGCAUUAAAUAAAAUCAAAUUACAUGUCAGCAAGAAAACUGAAGCACAAAUGCACACAUAAAAAGAAAAAGAGCAAAAAAAAAAAAAAGAGGAGAAGAGGAAAAACGCUAUUUCUAUGCUAUGAAGGAAGUCUAAAAUAGUUAAAUUUAUAAAUGAAUACUAAACAACAUAAGUGGCCAACAUAUACUUCAGAGCUGUUGCUCAUACUGCCUGACGAGGCUGUUCUGGUGUAUGGGAACAGAAGUUGCCAGCAUCAGAAGGUAUUAGUUAGAACAGGACCCAGGUAUUACUGCUGGCUAUGCCACAGGUGGUUUACGAGAACAAGGCUUACACAUCUUAGUCAUCUCAUUAUUUAUUGGUCAUUUUUGCUAAUUAUAUGCUAUGUUAUAUAUUCUACCUCUUGUGCAUUGCAGGAACUAAUUACUGGCGAAACCGUGUAAUAAAAGUUGCUAGGGAGUUUAAAGAAAAAGUUCUCAACUUUGCCAUAGCGUCUAAAGGAGAUUUUUCACGAAUUUUGAGCGACAUUGGUUCCAAAAGUGAGGACCAACAUGCUGUGCUUAUUACAAGUGAUGAUGAAAGUAAAUAUGUCAUGAAAGAAACCUUCAGGUACAGUAUCAAACAUAAGGGCACUUUUAAUAAAAAUAACAAGCUUUGAGAAUAACAAUAUGCGAUAAUAUGCUUUGAGAACAAACUUGGUCAAGCACAGCGUAUAUAAGACAUCUGAGACACUGCUGUACAGAUUGUGCAGUGAAUCCACCAAUACAGUAAUAUGACAUAUUGUCAGUGGAUGCUUGCGCAGAAGGAAUAUGGGAAGGGCCACAAAAUGGUGGCUCUACGGGUACAUUGGGAGCUAUGCAGGAAGUAUGGAUUACAGUGUACCAACACUUACCAGUGGCAGAGUAUGGAGAAGUGAGGAUAACUUGGGAUAUGGCUAUCUUUAUGGACAAGCAACUGAAGCACAAUUGUCCAGAUUCUACUGUUGUACAUAAAGACAUAGUUACAGGAGUGAACACUUAUUGACAUUGCUGUGCCAGCAGAUGAAAGUAUCCUUACUACUAAGGAGGAAAAGGUGAAAAAGUAUCAAGACCUAGCUCUUGAAAUUUAAAAACUCCACAAAGCCUUGAGAGUGACAGUAAUACCCUUCUUGAUUAGUGUGCUUGAAACUAUCUCAAAGAAUACAAUGGCCUGGUAUGGGAAGUUGAGUCUACCGGCCAUUUUUGGAAGUGCCCAGUUGUCAGCCAUCUCUGGUACUGUUCAUGUCUUGCUGAAAGUGUUGUUUCUCUGAGCUGCAGGAAUGUUGCUGAGACAUGGCUGAGAUUACCCAGAAAAUAACAAAGAACUAGAUCAGAGAGGAUCACACAACAGUAAUAAUAAUAAUAAUAACAAUAAUAAUAAUAAUGGAAACUUUAUUUGUGUUUUUGAAUGUACAAUAAUUAUUGUAAAUCUCGCUCUGUAUAGGCAAUUUACAAAUACUGCCUGAGAUUGGAUUAUUCCAAAAAAAAAAAAAGAAGAAAAGAAAAUCAAAAUUGCAUUAAGUCUGGGCUAUCCCAAUUAACGACAAUAAUAAUAAUAAUAAUAAUAAUAAUAUUAGCGGUAUAAUAUGUGCUCUGGGGUAGGACAGGCUGGUGCUCUAGCUUAACCUACCAUAGUCUGAUGGUGAUGCCUUUAGCAAGCAUCAGUAACCCCAAAGCCCAAAGCCACCCUCGUUAAAGUUAAGAGAAGAAGAAGAAGAAGAAGUUAGCGUAUUGGGAAAAGUUGGUGACAUUUGGAGUGAUUCAAUGAUAAAUGGUGACUGUGAUUUGUCUUAAGAGGAUAAGACAAUUCUUGACGAAAUAAAAAAAGAGGAGAUUUAGCCACUGACAGGAUUGUCUUUAAGAAACUAGAAAAGAAGAGGCUAAAGGAAGUUACACUCAAAGAAGACAGAAUAGUAAAAAACAGCAACACAGCAAACAUGAGUGAAACUAAUAACCUGAUCUAAACAACAAGUUUAUGGGUGGCAAGACAACUGGGACUAAGGAAAUCAAUAAUUAAUUAUUUCAAUUGGUGGGUGAAGGAAUGCAGUGCCACAGGUUUCCCCUUGAAAUGACGUCUGAGAAACGAGCGCAGAAAUUCCAUACUGAUGACAUGUCACUACUCAUAUAUGGGUUGUGCUUCUGAUUUGUUAAAACGAAUUUCCCCACGUGGCAUGACCAAUCUAAAGCACUUCGCAGAACAAGGUGUUUAAAAAAGAGAGCCUGAUACCCAUUUUUUUUUACCAUUUUCAUCACAACAUGUUGGUUCCAUUUGAGCAACUGGGCCCAGUUGUUCGAAGGCUGAUUAGUGCUAACCCAGGUUUAAAAUCCAAAUUCAGGUUGCUUCUCUUUUUUCUUUUGUCCAAAAGCAUUAAAUUUUUUUGGAUAAUUAUUUGGCUCUAUUUUUUUAGAUCAUCCCAUCACCAAAGUUUAGUAACAAACAAUUAAACUGAAAUUGCUGUUUAAGCUUUCAUAUCUUAAUUCAAAUUUCACAUUAACCCUGUUGCAAGGUUCGGUUUAAUACAUUUUUCUGCCACAUUACAAGAUCUCCAUUACUUUGCCAAAUUAAGUGCUGGUGAAUGUAGUGAAUGUAGUUUUGGUUUUGUAAAGUCAUUUUCGAGAGCUUCUUUGUAUUUUUCUACAUCAAUGAGCUUCACUAGGAGCCUAAUUUUCCCUGUUGUCAUUGAUUUCUAGUGUGGAUACCUUUAGAGAAUUCUUGCAGCAGUACUUUGCUGGAAAGCUUGAACCGUAUAUCAAAUCAGAGGCUGUUCCAGAAGAAAAUGAUGGGCCAGUUAAGGUAUUUACUGGUAAAGGUCUAAACUUUGCAGUGCUAAAUGUCUACCAUAAUCAGAAGAAAAUAGAGAUCUUAUGAGAGAAGGUGAUCCUGCAGCUCGCAGAAGCCCUCGAGGGAUCCGGAAUUGGUUUGCAAACACUUGGGAAAACAAAAAACAAGCUAUAUUAACAAUGGAACCUAGCCUGAAAACAAAGGAGCUAGCUGCGACCUAUAGGGGUCCCAUUAAAUUAGAGGUUCUGAAGAGCUGCAAGGCUACUGCAAGACAACGAAACUUUUGCUUAUUCACUGAAAUCUUAAUGAGGGCUUAAACAAUCUAACGGCCAAUUCACACAGGAUGUUGGGAGAUAACUUAAGUGGGUUCUUGCUAUUGAAUAGUACAGCAUUAUAAAAAAAUUAGUAUAAACGAUCUUAUUCUCCUUCUGGCAUAGAGAGAAAUGAUGGCAAAUUAAGACUAAUAAAAGUUAGAUAUUCGGUUAUUUUUUUAAUAAUAAAACUAACUUUAAGGGUUUUUUUUUUGUGAGUUUAUUGAUAUUAUACACUAUAAGGUUUUACCGAUCUGAUUCAUUUUGCCUCGUGUCUGAGUCAUAAAACAAAUUAUUGAAGUGUAUAAAGUAUUAUUUAAAACAACUGUAUCUUUAGGUCUUUUUCAUAGAAUCAGAUUGGGUCUGUUUUAAUGUUUUCUUCAUUUUCUCUUGUCUAUGCAUCAGGUUGUUGUUGGUAAAACAUUCAAUGAGAUCGUUAAUGACCCAACUAAGGAUGUGUUGAUUGAGUUUUACGCACCGUGGUGUGGCCAUUGUAAGAGCUUGGAACCCAUCUACAAAGAGCUUGGAGAGAAGGUGGGUUACUAGUGUCGUUUUUGUUUUGUUUUGCUUUGAAUUUUUAACCUUGUGCGGAUAAUCAAUAAUCAAUCAAUCGCUAUUGAUGAAUUAGUAAUAUAAGCCGAGAAAUUUUGGAGGUUUGAUUGGUUAAUUGGGGGUUCCUCAUGUUGCUUGCAAUCCUAAUCUCCAGGUUGGUAUUACGCAUGCUUUUUAUGUAUGUAGCCAGCCUUCGUUUGCACUUCCACAAAGAAUGAGUGGAAUGCACAGAACGCAAUUUGAUCACGCGCGUUUGGACCUUCUAUCACUCGUCAUCUGAUCACUUCUGUUUUGAGUAUCUCUCACGUGAGACUUAGCAAAGCACAGUGAUGGAGCAAAAGCGUUUUGACCUUCGAUCGUUGUCGCCCGCACUUCGUAACUUUUGGUUAUUACUAGUAGUAUAAUGGUAUUUCAGCGUAAUAGUACGUGGUAUAACAGCAAAAACAGAUGGCAUAACUUGGUUACCAUGACAACAACAUAAGCACGAUAGUAUGUUUUUUUCCAAAAUGUGUCGGUCUAGCCUGUGUACAGUCACUCCCUGAUUUUGUUUGAGGGGUGGGGGUGGUUUUACACAGGCAAAUAGCGGCCUGGUUGCCAGCGAAUGUUGGGGCCGAAAUAGAAGGCAGUAAACAAAUUGUGGUCAAAAACUUCUAAGAGGUGGAUGAAUAUUUGGAAAUUGGAAGAAAAAUUGGAACUUAAAAAUCGCAGCCCGGUCAGCCUUGCUUUAUUAGAUUUAUAAAGUCACUCGUUAAAUUUUUAUUUUUCUUUGUGAUUUAUUAAUGUGGAGUUUCUGAAUUUUAGCUGAAAGAUGUCAAAGACAUUGUUAUAGCCAAGAUGGACGCUACAGCAAAUGACGUUCCACCCCCUUUUAAAGUAUCAGGGUGAGUUACAGAAAUGAAUACAGUCAAAUCUCUCAAAGACGGACAACUACGGGACCGGCUCUGACUGCCCGUCUUGUAGAGGUGUCCAGUUUAUCGAGAGUCGAGGUAACGUGACACAAUUCUGAGAAGCUAAAGCUGAACCCAUUCGCAAGGAAUACAAAUCUGCCUUAAACUUGUGCAAAACUGCAAAAUCUGGACCACUGUAAAAAAAGAAGUGGAAUCAUUGUCUCAUUUUGCAAUCAGACAUUGAUUUCGGCCUCCUUCGUGGUCUAAAAGCGUAACAGUAUACGCUCUGUUAUCUGGAGCAACACUACAAAAUAUUAAAAAGAUUUGCAGUUUACUCAGCUGUCAUGUAGAGCACGUACAUUUUGAAGGUCAGGGUUCCAAUUUUUGCAAGCCUGAAUUUUUUCAGCCUUUCUUUUCGCAACUGCAUAAGUUGUGCCUUAAACUACGACGACUGAUCUUCUGUGCGUUUAUUCAAGCGUACUCAUACUAACCACACAACCAGAACCCCUUGAUUUCCUCAGACGAUUGGUUAGCUCUCGAAAUGUCAAAAAGCCGAGAGCCGCAGUGGGAAAAGCGAAUGAUUUUUUUGUUAAUUGAUUGUUUCGAAUUGAUUUUUUUAUUAAUUGAUUUUUUUUUGUUUUGUGUUUCAACAGGUUUCCAACGCUAUACUUCGCUCCAAUGAACAGCAAGGGUGAACCGAAGAAGUACCAGGGCGGAAGAGAUGUAGAUUCAUUUGUGGAGUACCUCACACGUGAAGCCACAAACUCGUUUGAACUUCCCACUACCGACAAGAAGAAGAAGAAGAAAAAGUCAAAGAAGGAGAAAGAUGAAUUGUAAACUAGGAAAGCAAUUUUUUUAAAGAAAGAAAACUAGAUUAAACCGCAAAUUUUGUCUUAAAUGAGUUUUCUAUUCGAAACGGAUUUUUUCUGUGUUGUGAAUAUCAGUGACCCGAAUGUGGUUUGAUGACCUAGAAUGCUUUGCCGUUGUGCUGUUCCGUCUUUGAAUCUCGCUUUCGGCGGUAUCCACACCUAAUAUUUAUGGAUUUAGCCCGCACAUUUUUCUGGUCUACCGCAUUCUUGGCUUAAUAAGCCAACUAACCAAACAAACAACACGUUCAAUCUGUUACUUGCGGCUCCCAGCUCAGAAACUCGAAUAAAAUAACUGGAUUGGCGAGGCAAAAUAUAGCAACAGAAGCCAUACUUCAUGUGACAAGUGUUCCAAAUUGCUAGAUAAAUAGGGUAUAAGGAUAAUUGUUUUGAUAGUUACUGCAAUAAAUGGGUGCUUUUGAAUGUGUUUUUUUUUUCUCAUGGUUAUUCGUCUUUGAAGCAUACAAGCGCAUAAUAACCGUAAGUAGGGUGUGUUCGACGAAUAUCAGGCAAACAAAAGUGAUUCAAAAUGACGUCAGUAAACA